ACCUAAAGAUUAACGAGGAAAAUAAUUAAAUCAUCCAAACCCACCUUCAAUUUUUGUUAGUGGAAAAAAUAGAGUAGUAUUAAACAAAAAAAAGUGGACAAAUAAUAAAUAAAUAAAAAUCCAUCGGCACUCAAAUUGUAAUUAUUUUUCUCCGUAUCCAUUUUGAUUUUAGUCCCUUUGUUCCCAUCUCUGCUCCUCUCUCUCUUUCUCGCUCUCUUCCUGAUUUGAUCGCCGGAAAAUCUUAGCCGUCCGAUCAACCACCGCAUACUCCGAGAAGAUCUCUUCGAUUAGUUCAAUGCUCUGAUUUUCAUCACCUCAGAUCUCCGACAACAUUCCGGUAUCUCGCUCUUUUUCUCCAAAUCCUUAUCCUCGGGAUUACGAAAAUGAGGAGCUUGAUCCGAGAGAGGCAUAGUGGAAGCUAUCUGUGAAAUCUUAGGAUUUGAAUCUGAAUUCUCAGGCUUUUUGAGAUGCUGAUUCAAUUUUGAGCUCCUCUGCUAGUGUAAAUCUCCUCAGCUCGGAAACUUAGGGUUUAGUUUGAGGUCCUUUGCUCUUAGUUGCGUAAGCCAUGUUUAAGAAAAUCAUGAAAGGUGGGCAUCGAAAGCCCUCUAAAUCCGAAGCUAAUGAACCUUCUAGUUAUGGGAUUGGUCUGCCUGAUAAUAGGUCAGGUCCUGGCUCCAAUGUGGUCGUUAGUCACGCUUCUCGUGGUGCAUUGGUUAAUUCGUCUCCGUUGCCAGUGGCUGCAACUCCACCACCUCCGCCUAUCGGCUCCGUGGAGCCACUCCCGUUGUUUAGAGAUGUGCCGGUUUCAGAGAGGCAAACUUUGUUCUUGAGGAAACUUCAGAAUUGCUGUUUCCUAUUCGAUUUCACUGACACGAUUAAGAACGCGAGAGAGAAGGAGAUUAAGAGGCAAACGUUGUUGGAGCUGGUGGAUUUUAUACAGUCUGGAUCUAGUAAGGUCUCGGAAUCGUGUCAGGAAGAAAUGAUUAAGAUGAUUUCUGUUAAUAUAUUCCGGUCUCUCCCUCCAGCAUCACACGAGAAUACGGGUCAAGAACCUGCAGAUCCUGAGGAAGAGGAACCCUAUUUGGAACCUUCUUGGCCUCAUUUACAGCUAGUUUACGAGUUGCUACUGAGAUAUGUUGUUUCAACUGACACGGAUACAAAGGUGGCCAAACGGUAUAUCGACCAUUCUUUUGUGUUAAAGUUGCUUGACUUGUUUGAUUCUGAGGACCCGAGAGAGAGGGAGUAUUUGAAAACGAUUCUUCAUAGGAUUUAUGGGAAGUUUAUGGUCCACAGACCCUUUAUUAGGAAAGCAAUCAACAACAUAUUCUAUAGGUUUAUUUAUGAGACAGAGAGACACAGUGGGAUUGGGGAACUCUUGGAGAUUCUAGGUAGUAUCAUAAACGGGUUUGCGUUGCCUAUGAAGGAGGAGCACAAGCUAUUCUUAAUCAGGGUGUUGAUACCAUUGCAUAAGCCAAAACCAAUCGUUGUAUAUCAUCAGCAGUUAUCUUAUUGCAUCGUUCAGUUUGUGGAAAAAGAUUAUAAGCUUGCAGAUACAGUAAUCAGGGGAUUGUUAAAGUAUUGGCCCGUGACAAACUGCGCGAAGGAGAAUCUCUUCCUUGGAGAACUUGAAGAAGUUCUCGAGGCAACACAGCCUGUCGAGUUCCAGCGUUGCAUGGUUCCAUUAUUCCAACAGAUCGGUCGCUGCCUCACUAGCUCUCACUUUCAGGUUGCAGAACGAGCACUGUUCUUGUGGAACAACGAGCACAUUGUGGGUCUAAUCGCACAGAACCGAAGUGUGAUCCUUCCAAUCAUAUACCCUGCAUUGGAAAAGAACAUACAGUCUCACUGGAACCAAGCAGUCCAUGGUCUAACCACAAAUAUCAAGAAAAUGUUCAUGGAAAUGGAUCCUGAGCUCUUUGAAGAAUGCCAAAGACAGUAUGAAGAGAAACAAUUGAAAUCCAAAGAAGUAGAAGAACAACGGCAAUAUAAAUGGAAGAGAUUAGCAGAAGCAGCAGCGGAACGAGAUGGAGGAGGAGAAGAAGAAGAAGAUCAUAUGAUCACUUCCUAGAUCGAUCAAAGAGGGUAUUAUUCUUUCACUUUUUUUUUUGUUCUCAUUUAAUCAAAUCGUUUACUGUUAAUUUUCUCUUGGAACUUGGAUUUGUUUGUUGUUUUGAGAAUCAUGGGUUCAAAAUCUGAUUGCUCAGAGAAGUAGAGAGAGAGAGAGAAGUGAGCUAUUACUAUCAGAGAAUAUGUUUGUAGUACUAAGAAAUGUGUUUGUGAUCUUCUGUCUAAUUUUGUUCGUGGACGGCACUUUAAAAUUUUGUAAAAUGUUUAAUUAUAUAUACUGUGGAUGUUUGUAGCAUGUGUUA